UUCAUUUUCUUCUAUUUUCACGUCUCCACAGGUCUGGUCUGUUCUCUCUUCCAAUUGGUUGUCUUUGUCACUGGCACUAAGGUUCUAGGUCUUGAGAGAAAAUAAGUGAUGUGAAUCAGAAUUCUAGCCCUUUUUCCUGCUCUUCCUCCUGCUCCGUCUUCUUCCUCUCCUUGUUAUUUGUUUCCAUCCUUGAUGUCCUCUGCCUCCUCCUCCUCCUCCCCUUUUGAAAAUGGGGUCAUGCUGUACAUGGUCUAUUUAAGCAAGGAGGAACUACAAAGGUUCAAGCAGCUUUUAGUGGAUGAGAACCCCAGACCUGGCUCUGUCCAGAUCACCUGGGACCAGGUGAAGACAGCCAGAUGGGGGGAGGUGGUUCAUCUCUUGAUGGAGUACUUCCCUGGACGACUGGCUUGGGAUGUGACUCGUGACAUCUUUGCCAAGAUGAACCAGACAGAACUGUGUCUUCAGGUACAGAUGGAGCUAAAUGACAUUCUACCCAGACUGGAGACAGCAGACGCAAACCCAAGAGAAAUGCCAGUGAAUAUGGAGGAAAGAGAAUCUGAUAAAAUACAAGAGUACAAACUGCACGUGAUCGAUGAGUGUUCCACAACAUGUAGCAAGACCACUUGGCCUGGGAACCAUGUAGACUUCUUCUACCAAGAAAUAGAGAGACACAAGAGGUUCUUACCAUGUCUGUUUCUUCCCAGAAGACCUCAAGGGAGACAGCCCAUGACUGUGGUCCUACAGGGAGUUGCUGGGGUUGGAAAAACAACCCUAGCUAAAAAGGUGAUGUUGGAGUGGGCACAAAACAAGUUCUACCCCCAUAAGUUCUGGUGUGCUUUCUAUAUCCAUUGCCGGGAAGUGGCCCAGGUAGCCAAGCAGAGCUUCUCGGAGCUGAUUGCCCAUAAGUGGCCAGGGUCAAAAGCUCUCAUGUCCAAGAUUAUGUCCAAACCAGACCAACUUCUGCUCCUCUUUGAUGGCUUUGAGGAGGUAACAUUGACCCUCACAGAUAGACCAACUGACCUGAGUGAGGACUAGAGCCAGAAAUUGCCUGGGUCUAUCCUGCUGACCAGUUUGCUGAGCAAAAGAAUGCUUCCUGAAGCCACUAUACUGAUCACUCUGAGGUUCACGUCUCGGAGAAAACUUAAGCCCUUCCUAAAACAGCCCUCUUUUAUAACCCUUACAGGGUUUGGUAUGGCAGAAAGAGGCAAGUGUUUCAAGACCUAUUUCAGAAACAAGAGGGAAGCUGAUGAAGCCUUGAGUUUUGUCAUGGGAAACAUGAUUCUCUUGUCCACGUGCCAGGUCCCUGUGGUUUGCUGGAUGGUGUGCUCUUGUCUGAGGCAGCAGAUGGAGAGAGGAGCAGAUCUCAGGCAGGUGUAUCCAAACGCCAUGGCUCUAUUCGUCCAGUAUCUGUCUGGCUUAUUUCCCACCAAGGCUGGAGGACUUCCCAGCUACACUCACCAAGAAAAUCUGAGAGGUCUGUGUUACUUGGCUGCAGAGGGUAUGUGGAACAUGAAAUGGGUGUUUGACCCAGAAAUCCUGGCCAAGCUGGAGGAGACCGCCGUUGCCACUUUUCUCCGUGUGAAUAUCUUUCAAAGGGUUGCAGGUGACCAAGACUGUUACACUUUUGCCUUCAUGAGCUUCCAGGAAUUCUUUGCUGCCUUGUGGUAUAUCCUCUCCUCCCCGCAAAGACUCAGAAAUUUCCAGGUGUUGGACAGCGUUUACGUCACGCACCUGAUAGCCUACCCCGGAAGAAAGAAAAACUAUCUCGCUCCGAUGGGGCUUUUCCUGUUCGGCCUUUUAAAUGAAACAUGGGCUUUAGUCGCGGAGAAGUCAUCCCGAGGCAAGCUGACCUUGAGUAAUAGAAAGAAGCUGUUGGAAGUUGUAGCCCUGUCACAUGAAUUUGGCCCCCCAACCCCACACCACGGCGUCCCACAGCUAUUGUACUGUCUGCAUGAAACCCAGGAGGAGGCACUUGUGAGCCAGAUCCUAAAUGAUUGUCAGAAAGCUGCUUUGACCAUCAGCAAGGUCAAAGACAUGCAGGUGUCUGCUUUUUGUCUGAAGCACUGUAGACACCUGUGGUGUCUAGAACUGACCAUCACCCUGACCAUCACCCAAGUGUCCACACCCCACCCAGAAUCCCUCCGUUCCACUGAGUGA